AGAUUAGUUUCACUGCGAGGUCUGUGUUGUUUUGUCGGGAUGCUGGUUUAACAAAAACGGCUAGAAAUGUCUCUCCUGUAAAUAAAGAAGUAUAGUUUUUGGACCAGGACGGUAAAAUUGUAAUAUUUUCGUCCUCGUAGUUUUGAAGCAAGCAGAAAUAUCUGGAGUAGUAUCAUCUGAACUGAGAUCUGCUGCUGUGAAGAUGAUGUUUCUUAAAGAGGAGAGUGAGGAGAACAUGAUUGAACCAAAAACAUGGAGAAUAAAACAAGAAGAACCAGAAACACUGAAGAUAAAACACGAGGAACCAGAAACAUGGAGAAUAAAACAGGAGGAACAAGAAGGCCUGAUGAAAAUCAAAGAAGAAAGACAAGAUGUGCAUGAAGUGGAGGAGAAAUAUCGGGAUCAGAGAGAACGUGAGGUCGAUGGAGAAACGUCAGUGAAUUGCAGCAUUCAAAAAACUGAGGUCAAAAGGCCUUUCAGCUGCUCUCAGUGUGGGAAGUGUUUUACGCAGAAAGUGAGCCUUGAGAAUCACAUGUUAAUUCACGCUGGAAUAAAGCCUUUGAGCUGCUCUCAGUGCGGAAGGCGUUUUAGACAGAAAUCAAGUCUUGAUAAUCACAUGUUAAUUCAUGCUGGAAAGAAGUCUUUCAGCUGCUCUCAGUGCGGAAAGAGCUUCACGCAUAAAUCAAACCAUCAGAGGCACAUGUUGAUUCAUGCUGGGAAAAAGCCUUUUUUCUGCUCUCAGUGCGGAAAGACGUUUAGAGACAAAUCAAACCUUAAGAACCACAUGUUAAUUCACGCCGGGAUAAAGUCUUUCAGCUGCUCUGAGUGCGGAAAGACUUUCACUCAGAAAGGACAACUUAACAAUCAUCUGGUAACGCACUCUUCAGAAAAGCCUUUCCGCUGCUCUCAGUGCGGGAAGAGUUUCACGCAGAAAUCCAACCUUCAGAGGCACAUGUUACUUCACCAAGCAGUUCCUGAAGGAGUAUCAUCUGAGCUGAGAUCUACUGAGAUGGUGUUGGUCAAAGAGGAGAGUAAGGAGAACACGAGUGAACCAGAAGAGUGGAGAAUCAAACAGGAGGAACCAGAAACCUGGACGAUAAAACAGGAGGAACCAGAGCCCUGGAGAAUAAAAGACGAGGAACCAGAAACCUGGAGAAUAAAAGACGAGGAACCAGAAACCUGGAGAAUAAAAGACGAGGAACCAGAAACCUGGAGAAUAAAAGACGAGGAACCAGAAACCUGGAGAAUAAAAGACGAGGAACAAGGAGGAAAAAAUCAUGUGAAAGGUGACGAAAUCCCCAAACGGAGAGAUUUAAAGAAAAAAAGAGCCAAAACAUCUUUCACCUGCACUCGGUGUGGAAAAAGUUUCACAUGGAAACACAGUCUUGAGCUUCACAUGAGGGUUCACACCGGAGAGAAACUGUUCACUUGUGACCAGUGCGGGAAGAGCUUCACACAGUCCUCAAGCCUCAAGAAACACAAGAACAUUCACACCGGAGAGAAACCGUACUCCUGUAAUCAAUGUGGGAAGAGUUUCACACAAAAAGGACACCUUACGGCACAUACAAGAGUUCACACCGGAGAGAAACCAUACACUUGUGAUCAGUGCGGGAAGAGCUUCUCGCAGUCGGCAAACCUUAAGGAUCACAUGAUCAUUCACACUGGCGGGGAUCGGCACGCGUGCGAUCAGUGCGGAAAAACGUUUAUGUGGGCUGCGGUCCUGAGGAAACACCUGAACAUUCAUAGAAAGGAGAAGCAGCAUCCAUGUCAUCUGUGCGGAAAGAGUUUUUCAUGUAUAGACCAUUUGAAAGCACACCAGAAGAUACAUGCUGGUCUGAGAGAGUACAUGUGCAUUGAGUGCAAAAAGACUUUUACUUUAGCUCAGCAUUUGAAACGGCACCAGAGGAUCCACACCGGAGAGAAACCUUACAAGUGCUCACGCUGCGACAAGAGGUUCAUCCAGUCACAUCAUCUGAAAACACACGAGAUGAUCCACACCGGAGAGAAACCGUACGAGUGCUCAUGCUGUGACAAGAGGUUCAGACGGCCGGGAAACCUGCAAAGACAUGAGAGAAUUCACACUGGAGAAAAAUCCCAGUUUCCCGAAGAAAGCGAGGAGAACAAAAAAAUGAGUGACGCUGAGGAGAAAAAACGUGUCAGAACUGGAGAAAAACCUCGGAGCUGCUCUCAAACCAAACAGAAAGCCUAAAGAAGGCAGGAAGACUUUCACCUGCCCUCAUUGUGGAAAGAGUUUCUUAUACAAAACUAAGUUUGACGUUCACUUGAGAGUUACUGGAGAGAGACCGUUCACUUCCGAUCAGUGCGGGAAUGGUUUCAAACGCUUAUCAAACCUCAAGGCACACAUGAGCAUCCACACCGGAGAGAAACAACACGCAUGCCAUCA